AUGAGUAGUACGGUGAAGUCAAGUCUUUUUGAACGUCUCCGUCCCAUAUGUGUCCAACUUACAAAGGAACAUACCAGGGAAAAUGUCACUGCUCUCUAUCAGGCCAUAAAUGGCCUGGAGAGAAAAUAUAUGCAGGAGCUGCAAGAAUAUGUUCUUUUUCCGCUUCGGAUCAUACUCAAACAGGAGAAAAAAUAUGCUGGCGAGAUGUAUGUGGCUUUAUAUCAGUGUAUGGAGUAUGUCCUAUCUCACAGUUGUGUUACACGAUGGGACAUGUUUCAGGAUAUCUUCAAUACUGCUUGUCUAACACUGAGUGAUCCCAGCAAUCCAUCAAAAGUGUCCCAUAUAUCAGAGGAAUUAAAGCUGGCCAUUGUUCAGAUGCUGUUGUCACUAUUGAAGAGUUCAGAUUUUAACAUCAUUGAGAACCUGUUUGCUGUGGGGAGUCUUCCUGUCUUAGGACAUGCUGUGUCAAUGCUGCUAAAUGUUGCAGACCAAGAAAGAUCAAGACCGUUAAAAAUAGCAGCUCUGGGGUUUCUCAUUGAACUCUGUCAGGAAGACAGAAAAUACUGUACAAGCAUGCGAGUGAGAUUGGGAGACACAUUAGCCUCAUUUCUCCCUGGAGUCACCAUUACAUUGAGUCGUCUCAUCAGCUGUGAUACUCACCAGGGACAGGCAGUAAUACAGACUGCACUAGAACUCCUGACUAAGUACAUGAGGCUGGUACUUGAUGAUGUACUAAUUGCUGAGAGUCAGGUGAAGAACAAACAUCAAAGCCGCAGUUUACCUGCAGCAAAUUCAAAACUUGAAAGCUUGGUUGUACGGAGAAAUCCUGAUUGGGUGAAAAAUACCAGUUCUAAGUUGACAGUAAUUGUGAAGCAGGUGACAAAGGUGAGAAGUCAUUCCAGCUGGAAGGUGAGACUUUCCCUGGUAGACUGGGUCGGAGCCAUGUUACUCCACUGCCGAGGGAACCUGGAGGAGAGUGUGUCAGAUCUCCUGGCUGUGUUAGUAGGCAGACUGGGUGAUGACUAUCCAAAGGUAGCCACCCACAGUCGACAAAAGCUGGACAAGUUUGCAGCAUCUCUGGAUGGGAAACAGUGUCGCCCUCUAGUGGAGAUGUUAGAAGAGAACCUUUAUAGUUUAUCAAUAUCUCUUCCUCGACAAAUGAACACCACAGAUGAAGAAGAGAAGUUGUUUGUGGUUCAGCUGUUGGUGGGAUACCUAGAACUUCUUGGUGAUCAGAUGGACGGACUGAUGCUCUCCCAUGGUCGCCGACUUCUCAUGUCUCUAGUCCAGGUCCUGGAUAUGGAUUAUAGUGAUAUAGGAAUAGUCGAGGAACGUACAACUGUCACUGGAGACGGAGGCAGUGCCUUGGAUCCAAAUAAUUCCUCCAGUGUUCUACCACUUAGGAAAUACUUCAAACAUUUCCAUGACAAUCGGAUCUACAAACAGCUACAGAGAGCGUGCCAAUGUCUGGGAUUCUAUGGUAGUAUACAGUUGUUGGUGGAUUUGGUGUUAGAUAUAGCCCACCUGUCUGCUGCUUACAAACCUCAGGCCGUCCUCAUGCUGAACGAGAUUGUAACUGGUGCUGCUGAAAAACAAAGCAUAGCCAAAGCUUCACCUACGGAAGACUGUUCUGGGGAUCAUCUAAAAAGUGUCAUCAGCAUGUUAGUGGAAGAUUACUUAACACCUGGAAACUUUUACCUGGCUACCAUGGCAACGGAGAAAAAUGGACAGCAAGACCAGCAUCUUGGAAGUUCUCUGAGGGCCAUAACUUUAAUUUCUAAUGAGGAGAGUGUGAGUGUGUAUCACAGGAACACAGUUCUGACUUGUGUACUGCUGGAGGGACUAGGAAUCUUUUCAAAGGCACUUGGUCAGAGUUAUCUGCCCUUGUUGAUGCAGACUCUGUAUCCAAUGUUGGAAAAACUAGGAGACAAUACAGCUGUUAUCAGCAAUACUGCAUAUCUGUCACUGUGUACCACCUGUACAGCCUGUAAUUACAGCUCCAUUGCUGACCUCAUUCAGAAAAAUGCUGAUUACCUAGUGAAUUCUAUAUCACUUAGACUACGCCAUUUCUACGACAACCAACGCAGCCCUCUGGUGUUGAAGGUCAUGUUACAGUACAGCAAUUGUGAUCUUCUGCCACUAAUAGAUGACACCAUACAAGAGAUUUUGGAUGUACUUGAUGACCACCAUCUUGACCAAGCUGUGUUAUUUAUGGGAGUUCUACACGAACUGACCAAGGCCAUGGUCAGAUGGUUCCCUCCUGUUAAGUUACAGGAUAUUCAAAAAGAGGUGACAGCAAAAAGAAAUGUCAAGGAAGGCUGUAAUGUUUCUGAGGAAGGACCACUGCUGCUCUCUAUAUUACACUACUGUGAUCAGAAGAGGGUUGCUAGUGGUGAUAUAACAGAGGAGGAUAUUAGUGACACUGAGGACAUAGGCGAAACAGAUACAACAGAGGAAAUUCACAAGGGGAAUAACUCUGAUCCAAACAUGAUUAAAUUUCUUAAGGAGGUGAUGAUGCGUUGUAAGCACUUCCUGUCUUCCCACAAUGCACGCCUGCAACUUCUGGUAUUGGACACCAUCGGUCAAGCAUGUCAAGCUCUGGCAGAUCAUUCAAAUGAGUUACUACCACUGUUGCAUGGAAUCUGGGUCCCAUUCAGUGCCAGAUUUGUAGAUAAAGAAAAGCUGGUCAUAAAAAAGGCUCUAGAGGUCCUGUCUGUGAUAACAAAUAUGAGUGGAGACUUCCUCAAACAACGUGUGAUGAAGGAUGUGCUGCCAGUAGUUACAAAGUUUUUGGACAAACAAGCUCAGAUCAGCUCACAUGCGGGUCAGGCUUACCUGUAUACAGUUAACUGUAGACUACAAAAACAAGCCCUGCAGGUGCUUGGCAGUCUCACCGUACAGCUUGACCUGUCUGGAAGCUCCUUAGAAAACAUUAUUGGUGUGUGUGUUUCCUACCUCAGUGCACGACAGCCCAAACCUCUCCAACAGGUUUCCAUGGAGAUUUGUAAACAAAUGGCAGCCGUUGGAGGUGAUGGACUUUGGCUUCGAUUGAGUGACUUAUAUAGAGAAACAGAACAUACCCCACCACAUCCAAUAUUCUUUCCAGUACUGUUCCAUUCCAAGGCUGGAGGUCAAAACGAAUUCUCUGAUAACAUCAUGAAAUUAAGAAGCUCUUUGAACUUGAAUACUGCUUCAGUGUUGUGA